AUGUCCCAAUCUCAUCCAUUUGAUGAUAUAGGACAUGACAAUUCAUAUAAUGAGUUUAAUGAUAAUGAUUUACAUCAUGAUGAUUUUUUAAAAGUAAUAACUAAUCUUUUAAAUCAAUCAUCUUCAAGACCCCAUUUAGAUUUUAGAACUUUAGUUGAUUUCCUUUUAACUUCUUGUUUAACAUUGAAAAAUAGUCAAAAAAGAGAUUUAACUAUCCAAGAUUUAUCAAUAUUUCCAAGUAAUAAUUUACAAAUCCUUAUUGUAAAAUCAGAAGAAAAAUUUUAUGGUUGCUUAAGACAUAAAUAUAUCAAUUAUUGUUUACAUACUGCUUUAGCAGUUUAUUUAUUUUCAAGAUUACACAUUCCAGAUAAUUAUGGUACAACAGAAAUGACAGAUGAUAGUAGGAACUCCAGUCCUAGAUUAAAUGCUGAAUCUUUAGAAAGUUCAUCACCAAGUCCUAUUAUCUCCAACAUCAAUCCAAAUUCUCAAACUGGUUCAAUAUGUGGUUCGGGUCCAGGUUCGGGUCCAGGUUCGCAACACGGAUCGAUAUCAGCAUCAGUACCUGGUUCAAUAUCAGGUUCAAUCUCGGGGUCAGCUGGUGGUUCAUUACCGGGAUCUGGUAGUUUGAAUCCUCAAAUUGGUCAGCCAAUUCAAAAUUCAAUCACUUUAUCCCCUAAAUCUAAGAAACUUCAAAACUUUAUUGAAAGUAGGGUUUUAAAAGGUAAUAAUAAACUUCAAUCAAUAACCUACACACAACAACAUAAAUGGGCUGUCAAAGCAUUGGAGAAAUCAAGAAUCCCCACCAAUAGUGUUAACAUCCUUAAAUUCAUCCCGUCAAGAGCCGAACCAUCUUCUAAUACUAUCAGUAAUAUUUCUCCAGAGAUCCUUGUUAAGAAUGCUGGUUUUGACUCAAUAGAUGAUUAUUCAAUAACAAGAGAUAUAGAACCUCCUCAGGAAUUAGUGGACAUGAUCUUCCCUUUUAUCAAUGAUGACUCCAAAUUCGAUAUUUUCACUGUCAGAAUCAAAAACGUUUUAUCCAUGUUGAGAAGAAGCUUGAUCCAAGAUAUGGUAGUCAUAAAAGAAUUCUUUCCUAACAAUCCGUUAUCCAAACAUCCUAUGUUUAACAAUUCAUUAUUUUUUGAAUUUUCCCAUAAAGUUAGGAACUCCAUAAAUUUGAAUAAUGAGAUCAUACCUGUUGCCAUUUCUAAUGCAAAAUCACCUUCAUCUCCAAGAUAUUCAAGUGAUGACACUUUGAUCAAAUCGUUGUUGGAAGUACAAUUAAGACAUGAAAACCAAAUCAUGUUAUUAACUAAUCAAAUGCAUGGUUUUGUUGGUUUCCAGCAAAACUUCUUGAACGAAUUCAAGCAAUUGAUUCAAAAUAACGAUAAGGAUAAGAUCAUAGAGAAAUUGGAUAAAUCUUCAAACGAUUUGAAUGUAAUGGUACCUCCAUUUUAUAAUAUUCAACAGGCACAAGAAAUGCCAGGGUACCCUGUGAAACAGGAACCUUCUUCCCCAGAAGUUAAACCUGAAGUUAUGAACCGUCAAAUGUCUAAUGAUCAAAUUUAUCCCCCAUCUUCACAACAACAACCUCCACAACCACAACCUCCACAACCACAACAACCACAACCACCAAUCCAACCACCCGUACAUGGGAAUAUACCACCAGUACCAAUGUCAAUGAUGAUGCCAAUGCACAUGAUGCCUCAUCAACCAAUUAACCAUAUACAUCACAUCAAUCAAAUGAAUCAAAUAACAAUGUCACCCAUCAAUCAAACGAACCAAAUGAAUCAAAUAAAUAUUCCUUUACAACAAUAUCCUAAUAUACCAAAUCAGGUACCAAGAUUUCCUUCCAUCCCAGGAGUUCAGAUCUUACCUCCAAAUAUGCCAAUGAGUGACCAAGUGUUAGCCAGAAGAAAUGCAUUAAACCGUAGACUUUCAAGACAAGCAACUUCAGUAUAUGAAAUGUGGGAUGAUUUCAAGUCCUUAGAAAAAGAAUUAGAAGAUAAUGAAGUGUCUAUUACUGAAUGGCUUAAAUUGCAUGGAUCCUCUGAAAGACAGUUCAGACAUACAAGAUCCAAAAUCAUCAGAUUUAUCGAAAACGAAAGCAAAAGAACAGGCAAGAGUAUUGGUGAAGUCAAAGAUAGAUUGCAUAAUAAAAUGAGAGAUAGAGCUAAACCUUGGACCCUCGAUGAAGUUCAAAGAAUGCUUACAUCAGGUAAGAAAAUAGAUUUAUCAUAG